AUGUUCCAACCCUUUUCGCCACAAUAUUAUCAAGUUUUAGAAUUCAUUGCAAAUAAAUUAAAUGAUGGUAAUAAACCCUUAGAAGAAUACAAGAUUUCAAAGUUUGAAGAGUCUGUACCAAUUCCUAAUAACCUAGUCGUAGAUGAGGUGAAAUUGGAUGAAAGAUAUAGGAUUAAAAGUAAGGAAUAUUUGGAGGUCGGAUUGAGAAAGUACGAGGACGUUGUGGAUGAGAAGUGGAAAGAAUUUGAUGAUGGAGGGUUAUGCGGAGAGUGGAUUAAAUUUAAGGAUGAAAAGAAAGAAGACGGAAAAAUUAAAGUUAAAGGAAGGGUAGCGCUUUAUUUUUUUGGAGGCGGAUAUUUUACGGGAUCCAGUAAAUCAUCUCGUAAACAUACGUUAUUAAUUGCUGAAAAGGCUGAAUGUCAAGUUUUUUCAAUUGAUUAUCGUCUAGCUCCAGAACAUCAAUUUCCUGCGCCACAUUGCGACGCUUUAGCAGCAUACUUUUAUCUUACUAACCCUGGCCCAGAAGCUGGAUUUGGACCAAUUGAUCCAAAAAGGAUUGUUUUUGUUGGAACUAGUGCGGGUGGUGGAUUGGCCGUUGGUACCGCGCUGUUUCUUCGUGAUUCUGGUUUGCCAUUACCAUCUGGAAUUUCGCCACCGGUGGAUUUGACAAAUAGCAUGCCAUCAUAUCGGGAACCGGGAAUGGAUAAAUCAGAUAUGAUACCUGGCAGGUUAUGCUUUCCUCCUCUUGGUUCACCAGGCCCCUUGUCAAUUGAAUAUCUAAAACGCGUAAAAGUUCUAUCAGAAAAGAUUAAGCAAAAAAAGCCAAAGGUGGUUGUACAUCAUUCUUUUACCAAAAUUCCAAGGUUUAGGCUUUGUUGCGCAAAUGAGGCUUUGGCCAUUCCUUAUUUCAGUCCAAUGUUGGCUGAAAGUUUAGGAAAUUUACCACCCAUUUUGUGUCAAGCAGGUGGCGGAGAAAGGUUACGAGAUUCAAUAAUUCUAUUUAGUUAUAAAGCUUCCGAUCCAAGCAAGUAUCUAGUACCCAAAUACGCUAUGGAGAAUUUUUCUGAAUCUCCAUUCAAGAAACCCACAAAAGUCACACUCGAAGUCUAUGAUGAAGCUUGCCACUGCUUUUUCUUAAUUCCGACUGAAAAAAUUAGCCAGUUUGCGCUAAAUAGAUCUUAUGAUUUUAUUAAGCUUCAUGCAGCUGUCGAUGAAAGAAUUCCUAAUGAGUUAGAAAGUAACGCUGAAAACGGGAAAACCCUUAAUGCAGUUUCUAUUAGCCCUAACUGCGAAGUUAGGGAGUUGGAUGCGAAAUAUAUGAAAUGCCUAAAUUUUGAGGAUAUUGGAGUUGUGCCGGACGUGAAUGAACCUGAUUAUGUUGAUAACGUUUAG